UUUCUUUUCUUUAUGACUUACACCCCUCUCCCUUUGCCUCAUUCCUUCUCUUCUCUCUCUCUCUAUAUCUAUUUCUCAACAACAAGUUAUUACCUCUUUGCACUUCAAUUAUAUAGAAUAAGUGUUAGGAUUUAUUCCAUUCUCUUCCUAUAAUAGGGUGGUGUGGAAGAAAUAAAGAGCUUUGUUUUUAUGUUGAUAGAAUUGGAAAAUCCCAAUUAAAGGGAUCAUGACAUGGUGCAAUGACUCAGAUGAUCAAGAUAGGGGCAUUGAACUAAUAACAUCUACUGUUAUUCCUGGAACUAGCAAUGAAAGUCCUCUUGUUACAGAUGAUGAAACAAAACCAACCGAAGUUCGAACUCUAACUUGCCCCUCAUGUGGCCAUAACAUUGAAUUUCAAGAUCAGGGUGGAAUCAAUGAACUGCCGGGUUUACCGGCAGGAGUGAAGUUUGAUCCGAAUGAUCAAGAGAUACUUCAGCAUUUGGAAGCAAAGGUUCUGUUUGAUGUGCCCAAACUUCAUCCUCUUAUUGAUGAGUUCAUACCAACACUUGAAGGAGAGAACGGAAUCUGUUAUACACAUCCAGAAAAGCUACCAGGUGUAAAAAAAGAUGGACAGAUCCGGCACUUUUUUCACAGGCCAUCUAAAGCAUACACAACAGGAACAAGGAAAAGAAGAAAGGUUCAAACUGAUGAAGAAGGAAGUGAAACAAGAUGGCACAAAACAGGGAAAACUAGACCAGUUAUUAUUGAUGGUGUUAUGAAAGGUUUCAAGAAGAUACUAGUCCUCUACACCAACUAUGGAAGGCAAAAGAAGCCUGAGAAGACCAAUUGGGUGAUGCAUCAAUACCACCUUGGUAGUAAUGAAGAAGAGAAAGAUGGUGAAUUAGUUGUUUCAAAGAAGAUACUAGAAUAUCUCUCGUCCAGUGAGCGACGAUUAGCUUGCAAUUCAGUAAUACGGUUCAUGUAUUCAUCAGUUAAUUUCUUCUUAUCGUUGAUGGCAUCCUCAUAGCGUUUGAUGUACUCAGACUUUUCACCUUCACUGGCUUCCAGCCGCUUGGUCAGUAAGGUCAUUUUAUCUUCAUUCAACCGACGUUGUAAAGCAAGAGAACUUUUUUCUGAUUCAACUUUAUCUAUUACCCUCUUGAAAAGGUCAAGCACAGGGCCUUCAAAACUAUUCAAAGAAACAUAAUUUUUUAGGAAAAAGAUGCAAAAAAGACCGGUUCCACUCCACUCAACCACAAAAAGAAACUUCACAGAAAAAUAUUUGAACAAACCUUUGCUGCAAGAAGACAGCAAGUUUUUUCCAUUUUCCAGGACCUUGAAUGGACUUUUCAUAUUCAGUUAAAAGAGCAUCAAGAACCUGCGUCGAAGAUAAAAUAUCCAACCUGGUCGUCAAUUCAACAAGGCCAUCUUGAUAUUUUUUUUUAUUUUUUUUUGCAAAAAAGAGCUCAUAAAAGAUUUAUUGAAAGAACAUGCAUGCUCUCUUGUUUUCCCCUUUCAGGUUUCAAACAAGAUAUUACAAUACAACCAACAAAAUGAAAGAAUGAAGGAAUGAAAAGAAUAAAUGCAUCACUUAAAAGCAACAUAUUACCUUUGCAACAUUAUCAACCCUAGCAUCAGAAGCAUUACAAGCAGCCCUCAGCCUCUUUUCCAUAGAAUGUAUGGCAUUUGAACACUGUAUAUCUGCCUCCAUGAAUGCAUUCCUUUUGUAAUCCUGUUAUUCAAUAUUAAGUAAUAUAUUAGCAAACAUAGCAUUUGCUGCAUUGCCUCACA